AUGGGGCCUGUCAGGGCGCUGGGGCUGCUCCUGUGCCUGCAGCUCUGUGGGGGCUCCGGGCAGCUGCGGCUGGUGGGCGGCGGCGGGCGCUGUGCCGGACGCGUGGAGGUGAAUCACAGCGGUGAGUGGGGCUCUGUCUGCGUCUUCGAGUUCGACUGGGAGGCCCGCUGGGCCACCGUGGUGUGCCGGCAGCUGGGCUGUGGCCGCGUGGCCUCGGCGUCCCUGUACGCCCCGUUCGGGCAGGGCACCGGCCGGAUCUGGCUCCAGCCCUUCUUCUGCCGCGGCACCGAGGAGGUUCUGGAGGAGUGUUCGCACUUGGGAUGGGGCCAGCACUUCUGCGGCCACGAACGGGAUGUGGGCGUGAUCUGCACAGAGGCCGUGGAACUGAGGCUGGUGGCCGGCGGUGGUCCCUGCGCCGGGAGGGUGGAGGUGAAGCUGCGGGGACGCUGGGGCUCGGUGGGAGAUGACAUCUGGGACAUGGAGGACGCCGAGGUGGUGUGCCAGCAGCUGGGCUGUGGCUCGGCGAUCGGCGCCUACGCUGCCCGCGACCGCUUUGGUGCAGGGGCCGGGCCCAUCAGCCUGGCCGUGGUGGACUGCAAGGGGGAUGAGGCCACACUCUGGGACUGCGAGAUCCGUGGCUGGGGACCCUACAACGGUACCCAUGACUUUGACACUGCCGUCGUCUGUCAAGGGUUUUCCCGGCUGGUCGGGGGUGAUGGAGCCUGCGCCGGCCGUUUGGAGGUGCGGCAGCGCCAGGCCUGGGUUGGCGUGUGCAUGGAACACGUGGACAUGAAGGUGGCCCAGGUGGUGUGCCGGGAGCUGGGCUGCGGAGUGGCGCUCGCCAUCCCCGGCAGCGGCCGGUUUGGGGCAGGAACGGGGCCGCUCUGGGAGGGAGGAUUCAACUGCACCGGCAACGAGACCCUCCUCAGCACCUGCGCCCAACAGGUGCCCCACAGCCAGGGCUGCGCUGGCCACGCCACCAUCAUCUGCUCCCCCUACACGGGCUUCCGGCUGGGGAACAGCAGCUCGGGCUGUGCCGGGCGUGUGGAGGUGGCGGUGAGGGGCACGUGGGGGUCCGUCUGUGCCACCGACUGGGACCUGCCCGAUGCCGAAGUCUUGUGCCUCCACCUGGGCUGUGGCCCUGCUGUCACCGUGCCCCCGGGAGGCUCCUUCGGCAGUGGGGACGGGCCGCUGAGGCCGGACGCCUUUGGCUGCAGCGGGAGCGAGCGGCACCCGGGGGAGUGUCCCGUGGCGGUGCUGGGGGAGCCCCCCUGCACCCCGGGGAACGCCGCCGCCGUCAACUGCUCAGGCAUCGUCAACUCCCUGCAGCUGGUGGAGGGUGAGAGCCGGUGCGACGGGUGGCUGGAGUUGGCUCUAAGCCCCGGGGUCUGGCACCGUGUGCCAGGAGAGCUUUUGUCCAAUGGAAUUUCUAGUGUGGUGUGUGGGAUGCUGGGCUGCGGGCAGCCAUCGUCUGUUCAGGUGGGUGUCCCGAGUAGGGCUGUGGUGCUGGUGCCCCGAGCAGCCCCCCAGCCCGGUCCUUCCAUGCCCGCAGGCAGCCGGCGGGUGAGGCUGGCGGGCAGUGCCGGGCGCUGCGCCGGGCGCGUGGAGGUCUAUGCCAGUGGCACCUGGAGCACCAUCUGCCAGGAGCGCUGGGGCCUCCAGGCCGCCGCCGUUGUGUGCCGGGAGUUGGGCUGUGGUGCGGCCCUGGAGGCGCCCGGCUCGGCGCGCUUCGGCCCCGGCCCCGGGACGCUGUGGCCGUACGUCCUUGACUGCGCCGGGACCGAGGAGUCUCUCUGGGAAUGCCCGCGCUCGGAACGGCGCGAGUGCGAGCGCGGGGCCGGGGCAGGGGCCGUCUGCUCAGAGCAGCUCUCCCUGCGGCUGGCGGGCGGCCGCGGGCGCUGCAGCGGGUACCUGGAGCUGCUCCACAACGGCACCUGGGGCCGCGUGUGCGCCAACGGCACCAGCCCCGGCACCGCCGCCGCCGUGUGCCGGCAGCUGGGCUGUGGGGACGGGGGACAGCUGGCACCCGGCCCCGCCCAGCACCCGGCCCCCGCCUGGCUGGCCUGGGUGGGCUGCGAGGAGGGGGCCCGCUCGCUCUGGGGGUGCCCCUCGGCACCCUGGCACCUGCAGGCCUGCGGCCAGGGAGGGGACGCCCACGUGGCUUGUGUGGAGGACAGUGACAACAACAGCGAGACACCCACCACCCCGUGCCCGGACGGUGCCACCUGCACAGAUGUCUCCAGCAUCACCGGUCCUACAGUGGCCAGGGGGACUGUUCCAGGUGCCAAGCAGGCAGGAGGCCAGGGGGACUGUGGCGGUGCCAGUGGUCCUGUGCGUGGUCCUGGGGACGCUGCUGUGCCUGGCCCUGGGUGCCCUGGCCGUGCUGAUGUGCCGUGUCCGCGCUUGGCGCCGAGGUGGGUCCCACUUGGGAGGUACCGCGACAGAGCCGGCCCCGGCAGAGCCGUGGGUGCCAUCCCCGACGCCAUCUACGAGGAGCUGGACUACACCGCCAUGCCGGAGUACCAGGAGGUGCCCAGUCGCCCAG